AUUCUAAGGCAUUGUUAUAAAGAAAUGUUAGACGAUCUAAAAGGCGACGACGAAGGUUCAUGCAUUGAGGACGUUGCUAUUGGUGCUAGUACGAUUACAAUAUUUCUAAAAGCUUUGACUGAAUAUUGUGGAGACAUUAUACACGUAUUCAGUGAUCAAAUGACAUACGAAGGUCGAAAUUUAUACGAGGUUGUUAUUAAGAGUACAUAUACGAGUACAAGAGAUGACGAUGAUUCAAGACCAAUAUUGCUAUUGGAAGCUGGCCAGCAAGGUGGAACUGAACCAGUGACCCUGGCACUAUUCGUCAUCGAGCAGCUCGUAGCUUGUGAGGAAAAUGAAGAAAUGAUAGAAAAAGUUCGAUGGGUUAUUUUACCUAGCACCAAUCCUGAUGGACAGGAAUACAAUAGAUUCUUAUUAGCAACAUGGAGAAAAAAUCUUAGACUGUUCGAGGAUGAAUUUAGUGUUGGAGUAGAUAUAUCGAGGAACUUUGAAAGCCAAUGGGGAUCGUGCCCUAAAGUACACAGUGGAUUUUCACAAGUUUUCCCGGGUAUAGCACCAGUGUCGGAAAAUGAAACUCUUUUCAUUAAGAAUGUUCUCGUAAAGUACAAAAAAGAUAUAAAAGUGUAUCUAUCGAUCAGACGUGACGGUCAUGGCAUCAUGUAUCCAUAUGGCUACACCAAGAAUCAUCCUACAAGUAGCGAUUGGUCAGUAAAAGUAGCCGCGGAUGUUGCCUCGAAGGUGAAUCAGAGAGCGGGUGGUGUUAACUUGUUUCUAAACCAUAGCAUCUAUGAUUUCGAAGGAAAGGCAAGAUGCGGGCAUAGUGUCGACUACGCUCAUGAUCUCGGCAUCCCUUUGGCUUAUGAAAUGCGUGUGUUUCUCGAAUCAGAUAACCUUAUAAUGUCCAAGUUCCAAACAUUGCCGCGGGGCUACGAGGCCUCUCUCCGAAACGGGUACUACAGCGGUAUUAGAGAACUUUACAACAUCGUUAUAAAAGAGAAGCAAAAUGGCAGGGUGUACUAA